GCCAGACUCCAAUGAAUUCACACGGACCUACCGACCGAGCGAGGGAGCGGAGAAAAGUCGGGCGCAGACACACGGGUGUAACCUCCAGAAACAGCGCGUUAAACCAGCGCAAAGUGUGAAAAGAGAAGUUCAGCUUUUGUGUCCGCGUGUGUGUGUGUGGACUGCUUCUUCUCGACUUCCCCUCUUUAGCUCGUAGACACCAAUGUGGGACAGUGAUUGGAGUUGACAAGCCCGCUUCACUACUGUAUAUCUACUUCCCCCUCCGCCUCCUCCUCCGCCUCCUCUCCCGCUCCACACAACCAGGAAAUCGUCGAGGUGUGCUUUCUUUAACGCCGCUAGUCGCUACCCCGUUUUGCGGGUGUAGAUGCGCCCUUUUUUCUCCGCCGGUUUUCCUCGUUUUUUUAUUUUAUUCCACUAGUUUUGACUUUUAACGCCGGGCCUCAGCCCCGAAGUCAGCCAAACUUGCCGACGAGGAGAGGAUCUCCACUCUGGCCGAACAAUGAGUGAGUCGAGUAUUUGCCAGGCUCGGGCCACUGUGAUGAUCUACGACGAUGGCAAUAAGAAAUGGCUGCCGGCGGGCGCUGGACCGCAGGCCUUCAGCAGAGUCCAGAUCUAUCACAACCCUUCCACCAAUGCCUUCAGGAUAGUGGGACGCAAGAUGCAGACGGACCAGCAGGUGGUUAUAAACUGUCCAAUUGUGAAAGGUCUCAAGUAUAACCAGGCCACACACAAUUUCCACCAGUGGCGGGAUGCCCGGCAGGUGUGGGGGCUCAACUUUGGCAGCAAAGAGGACGCCACUCUCUUUGCCAAUGGCAUGGCUCAUGCUCUGGAGGUGCUCACCUCCAUGGCCGACGCAGGCUAUUCAACUCUUCCCCGCCCAGUUUCAAAUGGACCCACUCCAGAAGAGCUCGAACAACAGAGAAGGUUGGAGCAGCAGAAGCUGGAACAGCAGGAACGAGAGCGCCAGGAGAGAGAGAGACAGGAGAGAGAGAGACUGGAGAGAGAGAGACUGGAGAGAGAAAGACAAGCUGCUGCAGUCUCUAUUCCUCCAGCUCCACCGCUGGCCCCUCUAUGCCCUGGUCCUCCACCGGCACCUCCUCCACCACCUGGCCCCCCUCCGUCUGGUGGCAUCCCUCCACCGCCUGGACCACCACCUCCGCCGGCCCCACCCCCGCCCCCCCUCGAAGGGGGAGUAGGAGGUGGCAGUAGUAGCAGUAGUAGUAGUGGUGGUGGAGGAGGAGGAGGAGAUGAUGGUGGUGAUAGUGGUGGAUUUGGAGGAGGGGGCCUGGCUGCUGCCAUAGCGGGAGCUAAACUCCGCAAAGUAUCAAAGCAGGAGGACGGAGCUCCUGCAACUCCAAUAGGCCGAUCUGACCCCAGCCGCAGCAGUACCUCCUCUAGUGGAGGAGGAGGAGGAGGUGGAGGGGGUUUGAUGGGGGAGAUGAGUGCCAUCUUGGCACGAAGGAGAAAAGCUACAGACACUGGAGAUAAGCCCUCUGUGAAGACACAAGAGAAUGAUGAUUCAGAGCCUCAAAGUCAAGGCGACACCCUGAGAAGACCUUGGGAGAAAUCCACUAUGACCAGGAAUAACUCCAUCCCCAAGAGCAUGGACUCCACCCCCUCAUUGUCCCAAGGUGUCAGGCCGAAGCCCGCAGGCAACAACGGUAACGAUGCCGGUGUUAUGGAUGACUCGGAUUUAGAGAAAAUGAAACAGGAGAUCCUUGAAGAGGUGCGUAAAGAACUGCAAAAAGUUAAGGAGGAAAUUAUCGGAGCCUUCAUUCAGGAGCUGCAAAAGAGAAGCACAUAGUUCUGCCGAGUGUCAGGUGUAACAGAGGGACGGAGAUAGAUGGAGGUUGUUGAGGACUGUUGGGACCUCUCCUCCACUGCGCCCUCCCAUGUAGCCCAGGGAUUUUUUUCUUCUUUUUCUCCUCCACAUUUUCUCUUUUCUUUUCUCUCUUACACAAACGCAUGUGAGCAUACGUGCUUAUGUGUACAUCAUGCAUAUUCACUUCAUGUAAAUGGUAACCCUCCCCAUGCCAUCCGGCACGUUUGACGAUCACGCCCAUACAUUGCGACGGUGACCCCACCCAUCCAAUCCCUCCCCCUGUUCAUUCAUCCCGUCCCCUUGUGUCCUCUGUGUUCUGUUCAUCUGAACCAAUUCGGAGCACAAAGCUACAGCCACAGUUGCUCUUCAAAUUCGUCAUUGUGUACACUCAUCAUAUCCCUCUUAUCUGCAGAAAUCCUGCUACUUGUGUCUUCUCCCUUCUAUCAGAGGCACCAUUUACUGAUAGAGCAGUCUUCAGUAUUCAGGGACAAUGUAUUUAGUCACAUUUUUACUGUAAUAGCAAGAUGCUGGCAUGCUGGGAUCAUUUUUCUCUCUCUCAGUUGGCAAACACUUGUUCGACCUCAAACACUGCUACAGAUAGUUGAGUUUAGACAUCUGCUAGUAGGUUAUUGUCUCUCAUGGUAGUUGGAGGUGGAAAAACAAUAAUGAUCACGGAUGGAUCAGAGACCCCAACUCGCGACGACUGCAGUGUCGCUCCGUCAAGUGGACGUUCAGCUCCUGCUCCGAUGGCUAAGAACUAAAACAGCACAACACAAGCCUUCACUGCUGCAAGAUGGAGAAGUUGGAGGAAGAGGAGACAAGCAAAGGGAAUCUGAUGGACAACCUGAGUGCUGUGAAAGAGGAGUGUGUUGUAGUUUUAUGAUGUGUGAGAAAUGUUUUCUCUUUGCAUUGCACUUGUUCCAGAGGAAGUGUGUCUGUGUGCCACACUGCCUUGACAGACUGUUCCCUCUCACUCAAAAAUUAGAUAUUUGCCAGCGCAGUGGUCCUAUACUGUGCUUCCGCUAGUUAAUUUCUUCCAUUCUAGCUAUGUUAUCUAACUUUGAAACAUGAAAAAUGGCCAUGAUGAGGUCAAUUAAUUGGCCAUGACCAACUGCCUUGAGAAUAAAUAUAUAAAUAUAUAUAUAUAUGGAAAAAAUAUAUAUUUGUUUUGAGGGAAAAUGUUAGCAAAAAAUUAAAUGGUGUUUCUAUUUUAAUUGAAAUGACUGGUGAAUGGGGAUUUCUUUUUUUUCUUUUUUUCUCAAAUGAUUGUUUUCUUAUGAGAUGUUAUUUUGGGUUUACUGUUUCUUUUUUCUAAUAGAGUCUAGGCUUUUUACACUGAAAUAAUAAGAAAACAGCUUAGAGACACUGGAUUAGAAAUGCCUUUAUAGUCGAAUACAGCUGCUCUUGAAAUGCAUUACUUUGUCUCGAGUCAUCUUUUUUGCAUUCUGUUGUAAGAUUUCUCUGAAUUCAGAUAAUGAAAUUUUGCACAAACUGUCUUCGAAAUGUUAUGAAAUACAUUUGAUUGACCAAUUUUCAGCUCUGUGGCUUAUGACUGAAUAUGACAAUAAAUAUUUGCAAGCUGA